ACGCCGGGGCCGGCGGCGCGCGGCGGCGUCGCGACGACGACGACGACGACGCCGACGCCGGCGACGACCCCGCCCGCGUUGCCGCACCUCCCGAGCUGCAUCUGCAAGGAGUGCAAACAGAAGCGGAGGCUUCAGAAGUCCGCGGCGAGGGAUGAGGCGACGCGGCGACGCGAACGCCUCGCGUUCGGCGACAGCGACGACGAGGAGGGCCAGCUCGCGCGCGAGCGUCACCGCCGCCGCGAGGCGAUCCGCGCCGCGGACCGCGAGGGCGCGCGCGACGAGAGCGCGCGCCGCAGAAACGCCGGGAUCGGCGGCGUCGGCGCGAACAGAGUCCCCGCGAGGACGCUCGUCGUCUGCCCCGCGAUCGUCGCGCAGCAGUGGAAGGACGAGACGGAGGAGAAGAGCAACCUUCGCGCGGUGAUCUAUCACGGCGCUUCGAAAAACUUCCUCGACGAGACCUCGCUCCUCGCGCACGACGUCGUCGUCACGACGUACGGCACCGUCGCCGCGGAGUACGCGAAGUGGACGCUAACGAAGGAGCUCACGCCGCUGUUUAACGUGCGGUGGUUCAGGGUGGUGCUGGACGAGGCGCACAUCGUGAGGAACCGGAGGACGAACUCCUCCGUCGCCGUCGCGCAUCUGCAGUGCGAGCGGCGGUGGUGCCUGUCCGGGACGCCGCUCAUGAACGGCGCGGACGACGUCUACUCGCUAUUUCGGUUUCUGCGCUACCAGCCGUUCGCGUCGUGGAACCACUUCCGGCUGACGAUAAGCAACCCGUGCCGUAAGGUGCGGAACCCGGCGGCGCAGCUCGAGGGGUUCAAAUGCUUACGCGUCGCGCUGCGAGCGGUGGCGUUGCGGCGGACGAAGCAGAUCACGAUCGACGGCGCGCCGAUCGUGGUUCUUCCCCCGCGCACGAUCGAGGUCAAGGAGGUGGAGUUCGACGAGAGCGAGCGGGAUUUCUACCGCGCGCUAGAGGAGGGCACGCAGGCGCUGUUCGAUAAGUACGUCAAGCGCGGAUGGAAACGAAAUUACAUGCACAUCCUCGUGCUGCUUCUGAAGCUUCGACAGGCGUGCGAUCACCCGCUGUUGCUGAAAGAAGCGCGGUUCGGGGACCAAGACGGCGGCGCCGGCGAGGACGGCGCCGGCGCGCUGACCCGCGACGAGCUCCUCGCCGAGCUCGGCGUCGCGCGCGUGCGCGAGCUCGAGCGAAACAUCGAAGAGUGCGAGCAGUGCCCGAUUUGCAAAGACGCCGACGGUCGCGACGACGCCGCCGACGCCGACGCCGACGCCGACGACGCCGCCGCCGCCGCCGCGCCCGAAAUCGCGAACAGCGCGAAGAUUCGCGCGGUGCUCGAGCAGCUCGACGCGACGAGAGCCGCCGCGCCGGUCGUGGACGGACGCAGGACGCGGCCGGAACAGACGGUGUUGUUCUCGCAGUUCACGACGUUUCUCGACAUCGUCGGCCCGAAGAUCGAGGACGCCGGGCACUCGGUCCUUCGCCUGGACGGGACGCAAGGGCUCCCGAAACGCGCGGCGAUCGUCCAGGCGUUUCGAAGAGGCGAGGCGACCGUGCUCCUCGUCUCCCUGAAAGCCGCGUCGCUCGGCCUCAACCUGAACUGCGCGAACAACGUCAUCCUCGUCGACCCGUGGUGGAACGCCGCGAUCGAGGACCAGGCGAUCGACCGCUGUCACCGCAUCGGACAGACGAAGGAAGUGAAGGUGACGCGUCUCAUCGUGAGCGAAUCCGUGGAGCUUCGCAUCCAGGCCCUGCAAGAGCGCAAGCGCGCGAUAUUCAACGCCGCGCUCGGCGACGGCGCGGAGUCCCUGCGCGCGAUGCGGCAGCAGCUCUCGCUGCGGGAUCUCCAGGACCUGUUCGGACGCAGGGUCCAAGGCGCCGCCGGCGCCGCCGGCGACGCCGACGCUGCCAUCAAAUGCCGGUGCGCGCCCGGGCGAUGCAUGACGUGCGCGUGCGUGACGCUCGACACCAAGUGCACGCCCGCGUGCCGGUGCGGUGGGAUGUGCGCGAACGGGAACGAGGAGGGCGCGCCGCCGGCGGCGCGCGCGGCGGUGGGGCCGUUCGGCGCGGAGCCGCGGCCGCGACGGGUCAAGCGAGAGCCGCGGCGGUGA